CUUCUACUGCACCACAACAUCGUAGAGCCUAUCAUCCCUUCAGGAAUUUCACGUCUGGUGAGGAAUUACACAUAUGGAGUGACAAAGCCUACACUAACCCUCCAUUCUGUUGUCAACUGAUCCACUCAUCUUGAAGCAUUUGCAUUUGAAAGCCUCAGCUCCAGUUUAUCUAGCUCCAUCCUACCUUGAUCAACUAGUUUCACCUCCACCCAACCCAGUCAUGAAGGUUGCAUCUUUCAACAUCCAGAAAUUUGGGAAGCGUAAGCUAUCAGAUCCAAAGAUUCUUGCUAUCCUUGUGAAGAUUGUGUCUCGCUAUGACAUCAUAGUGAUUCUGGAGGUGGUGGAUGAGAAAACCACUUCAGUGAACAAGCUCCUGGAGGAAUUAAAUAAGACCAAUAAGAAGCAGCGCUACACUCUGCAAAUCAGCACUCGUCUGGGAAGAGGCAGAUACAAGGAGCAGUUUAUGUUUCUGUACAGGGAUGAUUUGGUGCGCUUGGUCGGCUCCUGGCAAUAUGAGGACAACCAGGCUGGAGAUGUGGAUGCCUUCGCCAGGGAGCCGUACAUUCUCCGCUUUGAAUGUCUCAACACUGUGCUGAAGGACUUGGUCCUGAUCCCAGUGCACACCAAGCCUGACGACUCAGUGAAGGAGCUGGAUGAGCUUUAUGAUGUCUUCCUGGAAGUGACAAAGAAAUGGAAGACUGAUAAUGUUAUGAUCCUAGGUGAUUUCAACGCAGACGGGUCCUACGUUUCUAAGAAGGGCAUGAAAGCUAUCCGUAUCCGCAGUGACAAAAAUUUCCACUGGCUGAUUAACGAUGACGUGGAUACCACAGCAAACACAGGCAACGAGAACACUUAUGACAGGAUUGUGAUAUAUGGGGAUGACAUGCUUGACGCCAUUGUGCCAAACUCUGCCAAAGCAUUCAACUUCCAGAUUGCAUAUGGUCUUUCUGAAGAAGAUGCCCUGAAGGUGAGCGACCAUUACCCUGUGGAGGUAGAGCUGAAAAGAUCAACACCUACAGAACAGAGCUCUGCGACUGGGAAAUAGAACCCUGUACAUGGACAAGAGGGAGUGUGUGAAGAGGUGAUGGAGCUGGAGAAGCCUCCUCCAACAAGAGAAGCUGAAUUUGGAGAUACAGGUGCUGAAGAUGCAGAUGGCCAAGCUUGGGAAAAGUUACAUUGAACUGUGAUUAAAUCUUACCACAAUACUAGUCAUAUUUGUACUGUAUGUCAUGUUUGUAUCUCUAGUGUAUCUACUGAUCUAAUACUGACGUGUUUCUUGACAGAAUCUCAAAUAAAGACGAUGGAGUGAAAAUACA